CAUAGCAGCUCCAACAACAGCUCCGCCAUGAAGGUCCUGCUGGUACUCCUCGUCGCCGUCGUCGCUGUGGCCGUGGCUAGACCCGGUCACCUGGGCGCUGCGCACGGUGUAGUCCCUGCCGCUCACGCACUGGUGGCCGCGCCCCACGCUGUCAUCGCCGCCCACGGCGCCCACGGCGUCCACCCGGGCCUGGCCGCCUACGGCCCAGCGCACAUCGAAAUCGGCCCCGGCGGCUACGUGCAGGACACGCACGAGGUGGCCGCCACCAGAGCCGCCCACUUGACCGCCGUCGCCCAGACGCAGGCCCGCGACGCCCACAUCAACGGCGCCGCGGCGCACGCCGCGGCCGCCGCCCACUCCGUUGCUGCCGCCCACGGCGCCCCAUUGGUCGCCGCCCACGCCGCCCCCUUGGUCGCCGCCCACGCCGCCCCCUUGGCCGCCGCCCACGCCGCACCCCUCGUCGCCAUCGCAGUGCCAGCCCUUCCCGCAGCGCACAGUCUUUUGGGUGCGCAUGGUGCCGCCCUCACUCACGGACACCAGUGGUGAAGUGUACCAGCAGUUGUAACUUAAAUGAUGUAUCAUAAUUUCAUGCCACUUUCAUCUGCCUAUCGUCUGUUUUACAUUUUCAUUAGUUACAAAUAAAGCUGUUCUUUAAAAUG